GCGACAAAGUACUGCCUGGGUCCAGUUCGCGUUUGUUGCCCGUGAAGGAUGCCUUCUGCCAAUCCCAAUUCUAAACUAGAGAAGCAGGCCUCUACGGAGGCCUUAGAUCCGAUUCGCCAAGCGAUUACCGUGAUUGAGCACAAGAUCCGUAACCUCGAAAAGCGCAAGGGUAAGCUCGAGUCGUAUCGAGAUAUCGUGAAGAAUGGCGGGGAGCUCAACGCCGACCAGAAGACUGCUGUGGCUAAGUACGACGAGGUCCAGCAGACUCUGGAGAAUAUGCGAGAUCUCUAUAAGCAAAUCAACAGCAUUGCCACCGAUGCUCAGAGGCAGCAAAAAAAGCUCGCUAGGAUCGAGGCCUUGGAGAGGAUGCGCCAGGAUAUCGUCAAGGUUCGCGAGGUGCUGCUGAUACAGGACACCCUCAUGAACAUGGGCGCCCAAGGUGUCAGACAGGACUUUAUCAACGGGGUUAACGGCGCGGUACAGCUCGCCGAGCAGGAACUUAAAUUCCUCGAUGAUCUGUAUAACGAAGUCAUGCUCAAACACGACAAGCAGGACAACGACGUGACUUUUCUCCAGCAAGCGCAGAAGGUCGCCGAGCAUUACGUUCUCAUCGUCGAUGGCAAACAGAGGGACGUCGUGGGUACAACUUAUGCCAAGAUCAAAGAAGUCAUCAAUUCCAUCGUCCAGUGUGGCUACUUUGACCAGGCUUCAGAAGUAGCUGUGGAGGAGGUCACAAAAGCUGUUGUUGAGACCCACAUCAGCCAUACCCCCCAAGCACCUGAACAGGUCAACGAGGAGUUUGGUGAAAGGCACAUUCCACCACCUCCUGAAACUAUCCUGCGUACCAUUCAAACUUUCCCUGUAGUCUCAGCAAUAACUCCAGUUUCUUCUGUGCCUUUAGUGGCCCAGCCCAUUCCUGCCAUGCAAGCUCCGGUUGAUCCCUCAUACUACACCAAUGCCACGACUUUCGUAGCAACUCAACAGGUUCAGCCACAGCAGCCACCCCAACAACCACAGCAACAGCAGCAGGCCCCUGCUCAGAGAAUCAACGAAGUUAUUGGGCCAGCUCCGAACUUCUACUUCCUACAGGAUUCCGAGCUUGAUCAACCACCUGAAGGCAAUGCCUCUCAAGCACCACCAGUUGUAUCACACAUUCCUUCUUUGCCUGUGGUUGCUGGAGCAGUCACAAUCAAUGCUCCCAUUCCAACACAAACGUUCACUAACCAAACAUUUACUGGACCACCUGUGGGGCCACCCCAGGUGAUGUAUCAACAUCAGCCACCGCAAGACAUCUCGCAUAUGGCACCAUUUAACAACACCAAUCCUCCUCCACCUAUCCCCAUGCCUCAAGCGCAUCAACCUACUAUGCAAUUCAACCAACAAACCCAGAGUGGUUUCCAACAACAACAGCAGCAGCAACAACAGCCAUCCCAAACCUUUGAACAAAUGUCUCAUCAAGAUUCUCUGUCCACACAAAAGGACGAAAGCCAUGACAAUACGGAAAAUAUUACCAACUCCAACGAAAAAGAUACUCAGAACGAGACUAACGAAUGGGGGCAGGUGACGGAUGGUACAACUGAUUGGAGCCAAGUAGAACACUCACCACCAUCGAACCAGGAGCAAAACUCCCAACAGGCUUGGGGUAAUCGUGGUGGCUAUCGAGGACGCGGUAGAGGUCGUGGAAAUUCAAACUCAUACAACAAUAGAGGGAGAGGAAAUUACCAGCAGAAUGGCAGAGGAUACUACAACCGUAACAACGACGGAGGAAAUUAUCAAAAUGGCUAUCAACGCAACAAUUGGAGUAAUAGCGGUGAUGGAUCAUACCAGCCAUCAAACGGUGGAUACAAAAAUAAUUUUAACAGGAACAAUGCCCAGCCAAGAGGUGAACGUCGUGAUGGCGACAGAAGCGGAAUGGAUAGGGGUAAUCGUGGAAGCAAUGGUGGUGGCGGUCAGUACCGUAGCAACCAGCGAGGCACUAAUCGUAAUAAUUACGUGCCUCGAGGUAACAAAGCUCAAACACAGAAUUAAAGGGCGCCAGUUUUUUUUAAAUUACGUGCUAUAUUUACGGCGAACUACAUUAUAUCAAUCUCAAUCAAAUUGUUCAAUGAUCCGAAUUACUCGAGCUUUAUAGACGAAUGACAUUCAGUAUCUUAAGCGAGAGUCGAACCUACACUUUCGCGUGCAAAAAGAGUAUUGAAUUCUUUAGUAAAAUCAACGAAUAAAUCGAUUUAGUGAUUAGAGUAUGCGAACUGUAUUGAAGCCAAGUUUGUUGUUCAUUUCUUUUUUUAAUGUUUCUAGUGCUGUGACUGGUACAAUUAACUUGGUUUUAGUCAGUUCGUUUGUACAUAUAAUUAUUAGAGUAUUUAUCAAGCGAUUUUAUUUGGAAUUCUGAAGGUAAAUAUGAAAGUAUUAUUAUAUACUACACGAAAAUGAGUGUAUAUGUGUGUGUAUGUAUAUGUAUGUAUAUGUAUGUAUAUAUAUAUAUAUAUAUAUAUAUAUAUAUAUAUAUACAUAUAUGAAAGCUACUUUGACGGAUCAACUGAUUUACUAUCUGUAACUUGGAUCAUUGAACAAACAACAGAAUAUAGCUACUUGAAUUUGGUGUCCCGCGUUAAACUAGACAAAACAUGUCUAACUCUCAUGUAAAAGCGAAAUAAGAUUAAUGGUGGAAAGAUAAUUAUGAUCAGCCAAAUUCAAAUACGUGUCAAUCCACCGCGCAAGUAUUAAUUGUGUUGUGACAGAAGGCAGUUUUCACUGGGCAACAACAGCUGAUCCAAGAUUAGAUGAUUUAAGAAGAAAUAAAAAAAUUUUUAAAAAUCCCAAAAAAAGAGAGAAACUACGUGCAUUUCAAUCGCUUACACAAACGUGUAUGCGAUUAUUUAUAUCAAGUUGGGUUAGAAAGGCAGAGCAAGUUAAACAUGACGCCAGGAAGCGAUUGGCCUAUACAUAAGAUGCAUAUAAUCAUAAUUUUUAGCAUAGGUUAAGUGUAAUUUUGUUGAUGUAUCGUAUCUGUAUGUAAGUCUCUUUCUGGCACCAAGCGCCAAGUUAGCUUUGCCUUACUAACCCAAUCAAUUAAGAGAAAAACGAAAACAAUGACAAAAACUCAGACAACACAUAAAUGACUCUUCGUGUUGCGACACAGUGUUCUAGUGAUUUUUUUUGUAAAUGCCAGAAAAAAGAGGAUCUAUGAGCAAUGCUUUUCUCACGUCUUUAACUUGAUACGUAAUUUUUAAUUUUAUCAACAUAAAUAUAGAACGAAAGCGAAACCGAUGAUAUGUAACAUCAUUUAUUAAAUUACAAAUAAAACAAACUAUUGGGAUUAAUUCGCUUUUGUAAAUCUUUUGAGAUGAAACAAGGAACCCUCCUCGUUUGCUCCUUUCUGCUUUUUUCUGUGACAUUCAUAGCUUUUAUAGAAACUUCACAAUGACGACGAUAAAUUACGAUAGUCGUCAUUGAUUGAUUGAUCCGAUUUUUCAAGCGUCGACCGUUUGCGUUGCAAGAAACUUUUUACCUUUUUUUCCAUACAGAAGAUAUACAUUAUAUUUUGAAAAAACAAAAAUCUAAUGAUAACUUGAUGCUUUAAGAGUUGAAAAAAGUUUAA